ACAGCUACUAAGCCAGUUGCUUUGUUUCUAAUGACCUGAGUUCGUGACCUAUAACCAACACUUAGAACCCCGAACGCAGACGAAAAAGUGGCUACGACUCAUUUGAAUUGGCAUCGGCGCUGGAAGGAAGAAGAAACGUCAUGAGGACUGGCGACCCGGCGUCGGAAGAAUUUCAGAUCUUGCUUUGUCGCCAAAAUCUCAAUUAGCGGCUUCAAGAAGGAAGAAGAAACUGUCUGUUUACCUGAGAUUGGAGGAAGAUAGGUGUCUCUACUGUCAGAGUCGAUAGCGGCGAUCUUACCGAUGGCAGAGGAGAGAGCACGAAAGAGAAGCAGCCGACGAGGAGAUUGGAGGAGAAGGAGACGGAGACGAGGAGUGUGGAUCUGGUGACUGGGGGGGGGGUCCUUAGUCACUUGACUAAGCCCACCUCAACCUUUGGAUUGAUCUAAUGGUCCAGAUAAAUUAAUGAAUUAUUAUUAAAUGGGAAGGGUAGUUAUGGUAUUAUUAGAAAUUCAUUAACUCCUAUUUUUGGUUUUGUUUUAUUUAUUAUUAUUGAUUUCUGAUUUUCCUCUGCAACCGUCUCCUCCUCUUCCCUUUUUUGCGAUGUCCAAAGAGAGAGAAAGAGACAUGGCGGAUGAGAACCCAACGUCGGUGGAGGUGAGAGAUCGCAUCGCCGGUGGAGGAGAGAGAGAAAGAGACAUGCAGCGCCGUCGGUGGAGAGAGAGAUGGCGGCGACGAUGGUGGAGGAGAGAGAAACACUGCCAGAGGCAGAUUCGUCGAAGAACGGCAGCAACGGCAACGAUGCAAGAGAGGGGGGCGACAGCGGCGAUGGAAAGAGGAAGGAGACCUCGACGGCGCCGACAGCGAUGGAGAAAGGGAAAGGGAGAGGCGAUCGCGACGGAGGCGGCAGCAUUGGAGAGAGAGAAAGCAGAUCUGGUCAUCGUGAAAACAGAGGAGAGAGAGGCGAUGGUGGAGGAGAGAGAGAGGCAGUGGCGGAGAGAGAGAGUCGACGACGAUGGAGGAGAGAGAAGAGGCGCGGUGAUGGAGAGAGAGAGAGAGAGGGGUAGAUAUGGCUGUAAAGAGCGUCGGCGGCGGCAGCGGUGGAGAGAGAGUUGGCUCUCGACAAUAUAUUUUGUUGUCUGAAGGAAGAACAAUGGUUUGUAAUGCAAAUGUUGUCAGUUUGUAUCAUUAGUACUUUUGCACAUAAUAUUAGUAUGAUUUGUAUAGUUUGUAUGUUUUGUAUUAUUAAUUUGUACAUAAAAAACAUUACAAACAUGGUUAACAAAAAUAACAAAUAUGUUGGACUAAAAUAACAAAGCUUACAAACAUUA